AUGAGUACAUUUAGUAGAAGAAAAUCACGUGGAAAAGUUGAAGAAAAUAAUUUGAAGAAAGAUUUAUUAAAUGACGAUGAAAUCUCAUCAAAUGAUUAUAAUAAUUAUCAAAUCUUAGUUCCAUCCUUAUCACCUUCAAUAAAUAAUCGAACAUCAUCAAAUAUUCUUUAUUUACAAAAUCAAUAUGCGAUUUUUACUCGUUCAAUAUCUCAAUGUAAUAUUGGAGAAUUAAUUCGACAACCAGAAUAUGUUGAUAAAAAUGAAUGGAUUGCACAUAACAUUGUUACAUUUUUUAAUCAUAUUAAUGCAUUAUACGAAGUUUUAUCAGAUUUCUGUACAAAAUCAACAUGUUCAACAAUGACUGGUCCACAAAAUAGUUUAUAUUAUUGGAUUGAUGAACGUGGAAAAAAAUUAAAAUGUUCUGCACCACAAUAUAUUGAUUCUGCUAUGACUUUUAUGCAAAAAAUUCUUUCCAAUGAUAUGAUAUUUCCAACACGACUUGAUCGAAAUUUUCCUGCAACAUUCGAUAUCUUAGUUCGAAAAAUGGUUCGUUUAUUAUUUCAUUGUAUGGCACAUAUUUAUGCAAUUCAUUAUCGUCAAUUAAUUGAAUUUGAAUUACAUCCACAUUUAAAUAGUUUAUUUCUUCAUUUUAUAUCAUUUAUUAUAAAAUCUGAUAUAAUACCUUCGGAUUAUUCCAUUUCAAAUACAAAUACAAAUUCAUUAACAAUAUCAAAUCAAAUUGAAAUACGAGAACUUAGAGCUGAACUAGAAUCUUUAUCACUUUUAUAUGAAUUAUUAGCUAAACAAUGGCAACAUGCUUAUGCACAAGCUAAUGCACAAAAAAGAAAAAUGACAAAUAAUCAAUAA